AUGCAGCAGCAUCGCUUGAGCUUUGCAGUUGGUGCCAGCUACGGUAGUGCUGAAGGUCAUGCUCCAGCCGCGCCCAUGACUUUGGCCGAGGAGCGUGGGACAGGUUGGAUCUUUCCUCUCGAGCCACUUUGGAUGCUCCGCUAUGGGACCCCUUCCUUGUACGAGCUGGUGCCGCGUCAUCUGCGAGUCAUCCAAAGCUUGCCGCAUUUGGUUCUGCUGGUGGGGACUGCAACAAACGUAUUCCUCAUCGUCAGAGUUGUAGAGGACUACACGCACUGGCGCAACCGCGAGAAUGCGUAUCUGGCAGUGCUUGCAGCAUCGGGACUUUUCUCGCUUUACUGCUUGUGGCAGCUCAUGCGUGAAAUGGCUCAGUAUCGCUAUGAUUUGCAGCAGAGAUCUGCGCAAAUACAAGCGCUCAAGGAUGAUGUGGCCAGGCGCUUCCAGCUGCUGGCCAAUGAGUUGGAGGAGCUCCUUGCGCGAUCCGCGGACACCGAGAUUGGCCUUGCAGAGCGCAGUCUUGACGCGGAACGCAGAGAUCUCUGCAGAUUUUUGAAAAACAUAUCACCAAAGCUCGAGAAGGAGCAGAGUCCGCCUUUUCUGAAGCACUUCCGCCACUUCCUUUUGAUCUGGCUUCAGAUGCUGGCGGAGUGUGCUGCAGACCCCGUGAGGCAGCCAUACAGCGUGAUCGGCGAGGUUGAGUUCAACUCUUGCGAGACGGCCUGCGAGCUGGCGACACGAGUGGGUGAUCGACUGAAGGCGAGAGAGGUACGCUUUAUCAGAGAUCGCACGGAAGAGGGCAAGAAGGGGGUGGUGUCGUUGAAGACCGCAUGGAAGAAAAUGACGGUUCUACAGCGCAAAGCGCUGAAAUGGACUGGCCUGCAACGCUUCGUCAAGACGCAGCCAGAUGAAGAGGAGGGCAAGCUGCCAAAAGCCGAGGUCAGUUGUGAACUUCCUCAACGCACCGAGCCUACACCAACGGAGUUGUGGUGGUUCAAGUUUGGAUUUGGAGCUGGAUGCGGCUUCGACUCGAACGAUGGCAGCUAUCCGCUGCGCAUCCGCUGUAUGGUGUUCAUUUGCAUCAUCCUCUCGCCAGAGCAUCUCUCAUACAUGCUCAGCCUUUUUGCCGGUGUUGGCCUGCUUGUGCUCAACACCUUCGCCAUAAGCAACCCUUCGCAUGUCGUCAUCGCCUCAAUUGCGGUAACAGGUUGUUGCGUGGCUUUCGUUUUAUACGAUUUCUUGGACAUUGACACUCUGCAGCGACUGGAAGAGCAGAUCCUGGAAAUGCAGGCUGCUGCUCAGCAAGUGGAAGAUCGGCGCCGGAUGUUGCAGGUUUUUUUCACGCGAAUGCAGCUUCUAUUGUCCCUUUGGCAAAUGAGAACCUUGCCGCGACUGGCUUUGAUGAAGCAGUUGGGCACGGCAUUGGAGGACGAGCAAGGUGCGAUUUUGCCUUUGCUUGCAGAGGCUGCUUCUAACCUCGAUGCUUUGGAGAGCACGCUGCUGCCGCUGCACAUGUGGCAAGACGAUGGCAAGCUAAGCAUAGAAGACAAGGAAGAGGUGUUCACUUUGAUUCAAUCUCUCGCAACUGAAGCCAAUGCCAAGGACAUGCUGCUGAAGAUGCCUGACGGGGUGGCAGGACAGACAGAGCGACAGAGAGGGAGAGAGAGCUCACCAUAA